CACACAUGUGCCGAAGCUUUCCAUUUAGGGUGGAUAUGGAUGCUGCGGAGCCGACUGCCUCGCCGACUCGACGGCCUGCUUGUACAGCUCAUCCAAAAGAAACUGUCGGUCAAGGUACGCGUGCUCUAGGAGAAGCUGACGCUGGGAGUUGCAUCUUUUGAUCUUGGGUCCGGGAGCAGCGAUGUACGAAAAGAGUCGGGCUUGCUCAAGCGGAAUCCCAAGCGCAUCGGAGACAGAUUGAAGGCCCAACGGUGGGCGGACCUGAAGAAGGCGCAUGGCCAGGUUGAAGACGGCGGAAUUAGCGCUGCUGUCAGCGUCCCAGGAGACAUCCGACGGCCCGGCGCCCGUCAUGCGCAGAAGAGCAUCCUGUGGCAGGGACGAUGAUUGGAUGCGACGGGUCGGGUCCAACAAACACCCGAGCCAGAUGGCUAGGUCCCGGUUGAGGCCGAGGAUCAGGCCCAGGUCCUCGCGCAGUAGGAUAACCGGCUCUCGAGCCCGACAGAUGAUUUGCGCGGCGAAGAGAAAGCAAUUUGGCGGGGUACUCGGGGCAUCCUGCACACUCGGGGGCAGAAGUGCCCGUGCACAGAGCCGGCCCUGACACAGGAUACAUGAUUUGGUGUCGGGUUUGUCGGAUUUUGCGACUUCCUUCACGGCCAAGGCUCGAGUCUUCCGCUCGAGAAGAUGCGCGCAAUACUUCCCACGAAGGCCAGUAUGGAAUUCCAAAGCGCAAAAGGCCAGCUCCAGGGCAUUGGAAUCUUUGGCUGCCAUAUAUCGUCGGAUCAGACGAAAAAGGUCUUCGGCAUCGAAGUCCACGAGCAGCUCCUCCGACGGGAGUGGCAGGGGAGUGGGCCGAGCAGCUGCCACCGGGAGACGACCAUCCAGCACGGCGUCUUGCCAGUCGCCGAUGGUCACCACCCGGGUGCCAAUUGGGGAGGGGCCCGGCGGGCGAAAUGUGGCCAAUGUGCGGGUGGUGGCAGAUGGUUCGGGUGCUGGUGGAGGCUUGGGCACCGGCACCAGAUCGGCCGAACCGCCGACCAGAUUGCACACGAUCGACAGGGGGAUGGUCCGAGUGAAGGGGGCACGCAUGAGGACAUUCAACUUGAUGGUACGCUCAAUCCCAGGGUCAAAGAGCAAGGGACGAAGUUGCGGAUGGUGCAACUCCAACAGGGCACCAAGCUGCGCCCUUUGCAGGCCCAGUUGCUCGAAGCGCCGGCGAAGGGAUGCUGCUAUCAAAUGAGGCUUCUUGCUGAGGGCCUCCGCUAGAAAGUGUGUGUGGAGGUGCUGCAAUAGGGCCAAUGCACGUAUGGUAGCCAGGGAGGAGGGAGCAGCACUCGAGGCGGGCACGUAGUUGGCCAAAAUGCCCCGACAGGUGUCUCGGGUCAGGUGCAGGAGGGAAGCCAGCGCAAUAGCAGCUCUAUCGGUGAUUGUGCCCGUGCUGGCAGGGGAGUCCCUGGCAUCGGAAUCCCACCGGGCCUCUGUCAGUAGCCGCUCAAGGACAGGCCACAGCUCGCUGUUGGCCGCGAGAGUUACACUCGGGACCGGCAGAACCCGUGGCUUCAGCAGGAUGUCCGGUGGAAGGAUGGCCUCCUCCCGGGCCCUGGCCAACGCCAUGGCCGCCAGCGGCGAGGUGUCCAGCCUGUAGAUCGGAUCCGGACAUAGACGCAUUCGAGCCUGCAAACGAGACUGUUCCUGCUCGUACAAGCUCGAUCUACUUAGUCUUCUGGAGGCGCGACGCGAUCGCGGCCCGGAUCGACGUCUGGCUUUGGGCGCCGUUUGGGCGGGGGAUUCAUCGACAUCGGAUGGGGCCUCCUCGGCACUGGUGGCCCUCCCUCGAGAGACAUUCAUAAGACGCUCGGCGUGGAGAAAGCGCGGCAGGGAGGAGAUCGUGCCGGGCAACAGGAUGGGUGACCUCGAGAGACGGAACAUGGAGGGUGGAUGUCCAUCUGACGAGGGGCAAGGAGGGGAGGAAGACGCAAGUCAAGGGCGACGAAUGGUGGAAGGAGGCGGAGGGGGGGCGGAG